AUGUCUCAACAAUCCACUGUCAACUCUACUAUCGUUUCUGGUGAAGAAACCGCCUGUGUCAACUCUGGUGUCAUUCCUCCUCCUUCUGCUGCUGAUUCUGCCGACCACGAUGGUGAUACCGUGAUGACUCCCUUGGGUUCUGAGAAUGAUGCCUCUGAUUCUGAAGAAGGUUCUUCUGGUUCCAAUGCUGGCCGUUCUGGUUAUGAGAGUGCCAAUUCUCCUCGCAUCUAUUUGGGUAACUCUGGAGUCAGAGUUAACAACAACCUUGUGGCCACCAUGGAGAUGUUGCUGACUUCUGCUGAGGAGGAUCUCAAUGCUAAGAAGGGCAACUACUACGCCACUCUAGGCCACUACUUGGGUGUUUCCAAGAAGGAUCCCACCUCUACUGCUGCCAAGUCUGCUUCCAAGGGUGCCAAGGAAGCACAAGAACUGUUUGCUGAGGCUGAGCAAAUCCUCAAGAACCUCAAGGCUUUCACUGCUCCUGCAUCUAAGCCUCAUGACAAGAGAAGCACUCUGGUUCCCAGUAACCUACCUUUUCUCCAGCUUUGUUCUGAGAGUCCUCUGGUGAAGGCCAACCGUGAUGUGUUCGAUUCAGUGUAUGACUUCUGCCAGGAGUUUACCACAGUCCUGGAAGCACACUCUCUGUCCUUGGAUUCCUGCUGGGAACGUCUGUUGCCCACUUGUUUGAACAAGGAAGAACGUUCUUGGUUUGAGAACAAGCUCAAAGGAAAGGCCUACAACUGGAAGAAGGCCGAAAGUAUUCUUCUGGAUCACUAUGACAUGCCAUUCUGUAAGUUCCUGAACAUGGGUCGUGUCUGGUGCAUGAAACAAGACAAAGGAGAAUCCGCUCGUUCUUUUGGUGCCAAGUUCCAAAAGUUCUGCUGCCAGGCCUCAUUGGACAAUGGUAUUCAAUUGGUUCUCUGCUUCUGGUGGAAUCUGCGUCCAGAAGUCUGA